GCAAAGGCGUCGCAUCUUACAACACUGUUUGUCAAAAUGGCGACUUGAGAAUUCAUAGCGUGACAAAAACAAAGCGCAUUUCACAAUAUUUUUGGUGUUUUUGUGCAAUAUUUAAGUGUUUUAUCGUACAAAAUCAACCGAAAUGUACAAAUUAACAGUGCUGUGACUGCGAACUUUAAAUCAGUGUAUGAAAUUGACGAACGCCAGCGCCAAGAAUUAAGAAACGCCGACCGCAUAACCUUUACGUGUCGCAGUUGCGAAUGGAGUGUAAAGGCAAAUCAAAGAGAAUGAAAGAAGAGGCGCCAAGCAAAAAAUUGCCGCCUAAAAUAUAUGGCGGUGAUUAUGCGGCUAAUGCAAGCACACCCACCAAAGCGGCCCACGAUGAGAUCCUCAGCUCACUGCUGCGCAUUAAUAAUUUUGACUCCAUAUCGAGCAUUAAGGACGAGUCCCUGGACAUCGAUCUGUCCGCAUGUGUGACAAUAAGCUCGGCGAGCUUCAUAAACGGUAAUAGCCUUUCCUCAACGGACUUUUGGCGCGUACUCGAUGAAAGCGCCCAAAACAACACAGAGCUCAAUUUGACCGCCGAGGUCUGUCGUGAUGAUUUGGUUGCUCCCAGUCCCAGUGCUAGUCCCAGUGCGGUGAACGUGGCAAACCUCUCGAAUGGCAGCACUAAUGAUAACACUAAUUCAGAAUUCAAUGUUACCUUCUUGAGGCCGGAGCCGCCAAACGCGUUUACCAAUUCGCCGUUCAAGAAGAUAUCAACGACACCAGUGAAGCUACCAUCACCCGAACAAAUGCAUGUGCAGGCUAGCCAGACACAGCGAAAGCUUCGAUUACCAGCUGCCACAGCGGUGCGCCUGAAGGUGUUUAAGGAAGAACCAGUUGAGGAGAAGCCAGCGCCGUUAGAUACAACAAAAACGUCGCUACAGACCAAAGUUGAGAUCUGUGAAGCGGAACUGACGCCGCAUACGUUUACAAUAUUCCAACAACAACAACAACAGCCCCAGGAGCAAACGAACGAAAUGCCACCGCCAGCGGCUCCCCUAGAUAAUAGUGCAAAAUUGGAGCUGGAAGCUAGGCCACAGCCCCUCUACAAGUGCCUGGACUGCAAUAGUUUGGUUUUGGACAAUCUGCAACUGGUGAACGCACAUAAGGCAGCUGCACAUCGUCUGCGCAUUACUUACAACUGCACCGAAUGCCAGCGGGAGUUCGAGCUGUUGGCUGGACUUAAGAAGCACCUGAAGACGCAUCGCAGUGAGGGCCGCAAGGAUACAUGGAAGAAGUGCCCAGACUGUGGCAAAUGCUUAAAACUGGGCAGUAUGUGGAUGCAUCGCAAGAUACACAGUGAUAAUAAGAAGUACCAGUGUGAUAUCUGUGGUCAGAAAUUUGUGCAGAAGAUCAAUUUGACGCAUCAUGCCCGCAUUCACUCCUCGGAGAAGCCGUACGAAUGUCCCGAAUGCCAGAAACGAUUUCAGGAGCGCUCACAUUUGCAGCGUCAUCAGAAAUACCAUGCUCAGACACGCUCCUAUCGCUGUGAGAAAUGCGGCAAAAUGUACAAAACCGAACGCUGCUUGAAGGUUCACAAUCUGGUGCAUCUGGAGCAGCGACCAUUUGCCUGUACUGUGUGCGACAAGAGCUUCAUUAGCAACUCGAAGCUGAAACAGCAUUCGAACAUUCAUACGGGCAUGCGUCCCUUCAAGUGCAACUAUUGUCCGCGCGAUUUCACUAACUUUCCCAACUGGCUAAAGCAUACGCGACGUCGCCACAAAGUGGAUCACAAGACUGGAGAACAUCUCGAGAACAUUCCCUCCUACUGUUCAAAGAAAUCGACAACAACCAAGGCACAGAAAGCGGCAGCUGCCGCCGCCGCUGUAGCACCAACAACAACAACAACAGCAACGGAGGAACCACAGAUCAGAGCUGAUGGAGAACCGCAGCCGAGCAGAGAGCCUGCCAAGCCACCAGUUAAUACACCUACGCCAGCGGCAAAGCAGACACGCAAGAAGAAACAGCCACAGCAAGCUACAUUGGCCGCUUUGGGCAUCACGUUGCCAGCAGGCACUGCAUUGCAGCAAGUGCAUCCGCUGCCAGUACGAAAAGUGACGAGUGCUGCUACUGGUGUUGCAGCGGCAUCACAACCAACACCACCAUCGCCGACGUCGCAAUCGUCUGCUUUGCCCAUCAAACAACUGAAGACUAAGCGGGAACGCAAGCAACUGACACCCAAGCAGCUACAACAAAAGCCAGCUGCAGGCUCAACAUUGGCCGUUGCCGUGCCGCAAAUUAAGAAGGAGCCACUGCAAAUGCAAAGUUCAUAUCUGGAUUUGAACGGCCUGAGCCUCACAUCAGCCGAGGACCUGAUUAUGGAACAGGCACUGGAGAUGGAAGAGAGUGGUAUGUUUGUUCCGACGGUUGUUAAUACCGAUAUUGGCACCUCCGACAAUGCCAUCUCCUCCGAGGCAGCUGCCGCCCUGCACUUUCAAGUUAAAAACGAAAUACCCGAUGAACUUUUAGCUGAAGAAGAUUUUUUGCCCCAUAAGCCAGCCAAUGGCAAUCGUUUGGCCUGCCCCUCGCUCGAAUCAUCACCGUUCUCUUCGCCCGCGUCCAUGGAACUGGCAGUUGUCUCCUCCAGCAAUACAACCAGCUCGACUACAACACAUGUGAACACUGGUCGGACCACGAACUACUAUUUGCCUGCCUUUACGUUAAAUGCACAGGGCAAGGUCACCAGUUGCACGAGCACUGGAGCAGGCAGCAUGGGUCUGGGCUCGGGGCCUACCCAGGUAUCGAUGGUGCCACUAUUGGUGCACUCGAAUCAAAUAUUACCCUCGGUGGAUACACUGCUGUUUACCACGCAGCCAGGCAAUCGAUUUUUCUCCGGCAAGGCAGUUGCUGGCGCACAAGCAGCGUCAGCUGCCACCUCCCAUCUGACAUGAUCGCACGACGGCUACUAAGCCGUCGUCCAUUGUUUCAACGAUCUCUUGUGUCUUAACUAAGCUAGGGUUUGUGACCACCUCCGCUUUGCCAGAGUAAAAGGCAAUGAUACGGAUUAUCUUGAGAAUAGUCCUUAAACACUUAAGUUAGAUACGACGCUAUGUUUGUUUUAGUAAUAGACGAUAAGCAACUUUCUACAUAGAGCUAAGUAUCAAUGUAUAUAGAACUAUAUAAGCAGACAUAUGUAUAUAUACAAUAUGCAUCU